AUGUCCAAGCUCCUGACCGUCUUCGGCGCAACCGGCAACCAAGGCCGCUCCGUCAUCAACACCGUCCUCGCCGACCCCGUCCUCUCCAAGGAAUACAAGAUCCGCGGGAUCACCCGUGAUGUUUCUAAGCCCGAUGCCAAAGCGCUAAUCGACAAAGGUGUCGAGGUCGUGAGCGCCGACACCUCCUCAAUCGACUCCCUAGUCGCAGCCCUAAGCGGCUCAAGCACCGUCUUCCUCGUAACAAACCCCUCAUUCGCCGAGAACUCCGACGCCGAGUUCCAGCAGGGCAAGAACAUCGCCGACGCCGCGAAGCAGGCCGGCGUGCAGCACCUGGUUUUCUCGUCCCUGCUGAACGUUAUCGAGUCAACCGGUGGGCAUCUCAAGAACGUGCCGCACUUCGACCAGAAGGCCCAGGUCGAGCAGUAUAUUCGUGACCUGGGAAUCCCUGCUACGUUUGUGCUGCCGGGCUACUUCAUGUCGAAUUAUGUCUCCAUGGGGUUGCUGAGGAAGGGCGAGGACGGCGUUUAUACGCUUGCUUACCCUGUCAAUGAGGGCUCGCAGUUUCCGCUUGUGGAUAUUGAGGCGGAUUUCGGCAAAUACGUCGCUACGGCCCUCAAGAACCCCACAAAGUUACAGGGCGUUCAAAUCCUGGCGGCAACAGACUACUACACGCCCACGCGGAUCCUCAAAGAAUUCGAGGAGGUGACGGGCCACAAGACCCGGUUUGUGCAGAUCGACUACGAGACCUACAAGUCGUUUAUGCCGGGCUAUCUCGGUCUGGAGAUGCUAGAAAACCACCUGUUUAUCGAAGAGCCGGGGUACUUUCUUGGAAGGAGCUUGAAGGAGAGUCAAGCGCUUGUGGCCGAUGCUGGGUUCAGGCUGACCACUUGGAAGGAGUUCAUUGAGAGGCAUAAGGGGCGUUUUGCGUAG